GAUGAGGUGAUUUUAAUGGUUGUAUUGGUAUUGAUAAUGAUGGUGGUUGUGAUAAUAAUGACGGAUUGGGAUGGUGAGGAGUAUGGUAUUGAGGGUGAUGGUAGUUUGGGUGGUGAAGGUGUUGAUGAAAGUGGUUUGAUGUUGAAGUGUUUUUGA